AUGUCGACAAAAAACACUGUGGUCUUCAUUGCAACGCUAAUGAUGCAGAUCUAUGGUGCAAAUCCGAAUACGUUCACGAAAUUUCAAGAUAAUUUCCUUGCAAAGAUCAAGUACGAGCUGCCGAAAGAAAGCGAAGAGAUUUGUCUUCGCGCAUGCUUUGAGGAAUCUGACUGCGCUUUCGUUCGAUACGACGAGAAUGUGUGCACCAUUUUCAAAAAUGGUGAAGUCAACCAGGUUGGACGCGGCAAUGUAUAUGAGCUUGAUCGGCAAUUAGCAUUACCCACAUGCGAGCGCCCUUUACCACUUGCUCCAGAUGUGGAAUUUCAACAGCUCCCAGUUCCGGCCGUGACACAGAGCGAGACCAGAAAGGCGCAGCUGCUUGCCAUGAACACCGCUGCGUCCUUGACCAUCAUAGACUGGGUUUCUUUGAGCGGCUCCCACUUCUACCUGGAUAAUAUUUCAAAAAUACCUAAUCGUGCUAGUCUCGAUCAGAGGUAA